AUGAAAUUAACAUCAGCUUUAUUAACCUUUCCUCUCCUUAUUUCUUUGGUUUGUGCUGGAGUAAUAAGACGAGUUGCCGAAUCUCAGGGCUCGUUCAAGAGAGAUGCCGAACCUCGCGUGUACAAGAGAGAUGCCGAACCUCAGGAUGAGAAGAGAGAUGCCGAACCUCAGCAUUACAAGAGAGAUGCCGAACCUCAGCGUUACAAGAGAGAUGGCGAACCUCAAAAUUUCAAGAGAGAUUCCGAACCUAGCGGCUGGUACAAAAGAGAUGUUGAACCUAACGAUAUCAACAGAGAUGCCGAACCUGACUAUUACAAGAGAGAUGCCGAACCUAAUCAAUACAAGAGAGAUGCCGAACCUCACAUUUACAAGAGAGAUGCCGAACCUCAUCAAUACAAGAGAGAUGCGGAACCUAACGAUAUCAAAAGAGAUCACCAUAAGUCUCAUCAUCAUCACUCUGGUUAUUGA